AAUAGUUGAGUGUUGGCCUUGGCUGUCAACAAAAAGAUAACCUAACUCGCCGUGUACAGUGUAUUCGUGAAAUAUCCAGAAAUACAAAUUAAUUAUCAAAUUUGAUAGAUACAUUAUGAAAAAUAGUGUAUGCCUUUAAACCAACUUUAUGCCUUAAUUAGCAAUGUUCUAUGCGCUAUAUACCAAUAACUAAGAUAUUUAAAUAGUGCUUAAAGUUAUUCACGAUUUUUUACGUUUGUUGCUAAGUUUGUAAGAAAAUGGGUAUCUUGGAAAAGAUAUCUGAAAUUGAGAAAGAAAUAGCUAGAACUCAAAAGAACAAAGCUACUGAAUAUCACUUGGGUUUAUUGAAAGCAAAACUAGCAAAGUAUAGAUCUCAGUUGCUUGAGCCUUCAAAAAAAGGUGGUGACAAGGGAGAAGGGUUUGAUGUAUUAAAGUCAGGCGAUGCUAGAGUAGCCCUGAUUGGCUUCCCAUCUGUUGGUAAGUCAACUCUACUGUCAACAUUAACUCAUACACACUCGGAAGCAGCAAGCUAUGAAUUUACAACCCUUACAUGUAUUCCUGGGGUCAUUGAGUACAGGGGAGCUAACAUACAGUUGUUGGAUUUGCCUGGUAUCAUUGAAGGUGCUGCCCAAGGCAAGGGUAGAGGUAGACAGGUGAUAGCAGUAGCCCGUACUGCUGAUUUGGUGCUUAUGAUGUUAGAUGCCACAAAGCCUUAUGUGCAUAGACAACUUCUUGAGAAAGAGUUGGAGAGUGUUGGAAUUCGGCUGAACAAGAACAAACCAAAUAUUUAUUUCAAGGUAAAGAAAGGUGGAGGUUUAUCGUUUAACUCGACCUGCCAAUUGACCAAGGUGGAUGAAAAGAUGGUGCAAAUGAUUUUACAUGAAUAUAAAAUAUUUAAUGCAGAGGUGCUAUUCCGAGAAGACUGUACAGCUGAUGAACUGAUAGAUGUCAUCCUGGCAAAUCGAGUGUAUCUGCCCUGCAUUUACGUCUACAACAAGAUUGAUCAGAUAUCUAUUCAAGAGGUUGACAGGAUAGCGAGGCAGCCUAACUCUAUAGUUGUCAGUUGUAACAUGAAGCUGAACUUGGACUUUCUACUGGAGACACUGUGGGAAUAUCUCGCCCUAAUUCGAGUGUACACCAAGAAGCCGGGACAGCCACCAGACUUUGACGAUGGCCUUAUCUUGAGAAAGGGUGUUACAAUAGAACAUGUGUGCCAUUCUAUUCAUCGGACUCUUGCUGCUCAGCUCAAAUACGCUCUAGUUUGGGGCACUAGCACCAAAUACUCUCCCCAGCGCGUUGGAAUCCACCACACCGUUCAAGACGAGGAUGUUGUGCAGCUCAUCAAGAAGUAACACCAUGUAUACUGCCCCUGUAAGUUUGGGUACUUGGGGGUUUCCUUUAAAUAUUAUUUUAUGCUAACUAUUGCGGAAUUUAAAUAUAUUCAGACCGAAAAUUCAACAUCUUUUUUGUUCUUUAGUUACAUAAAAAACCUAUGACAACACCUUAAUAAUUAGUAUAGGAGUUAAUAAGCUAAGUUUGAUUUUGACAUUUUAUAUGAUAUUUGAGUUUUAUAAAUUACGUUAUUUGUGUUAAUUUAUUAAUACAAUACUGGUGCAUAAUACAAAACAAUCAGGGAACUGAAAUAAAUAGAAGAUUAUGGCCUUAUAAUUAACCAAACCAUGUAUACCAGACAAACCUGUGAUUCCAAUUGGAUAUGACAUAUGGGAGUCAUACCUCUGUAACAAAAUGAGUGAAAUAUUUUAAACCUGUUUUCUUAAUUUUAUUCUGUUAAUGUGUGCAUAAAACUUACCAAUCUAUGUGCUGGGACUAAUAACACUUCAUGCAGUAAACGUUGAAGUGUAUAUAAUUCAUUAUGGAUGUUCCAGAAUACAUAUCAGCCUACUAUUCACUUUCAAAAAUAACUUAUAAAUCUAUUCAGGCAUUUAGCAUAAAAGUGCCAUUCUGAAAUUAUCUACAGAAAACAAAACAUGGGACAGUUUUAAAUUAUUUUUAAUGAUGGCUUUUUAUUGAAUUAGAAUGCAUUAUCCAAAUAUACUUAAAAAAAUAUUAUAUCCAUAUAUUUUAUAUUUACAUACCAUGUACCAACACACAUUUAACUCUUUUUCAUGUAACCUUUAAAUCUCAUAUAUAUCUAAACAAACACACUUGUACAAAGCAAACUUUUUCAGAUCAGUUCUCUUUAGCAAGCAAGCAUGUCUAAAGCAAGAUAUAUACUGUAGAUAGCCACUAUUUAGUGCAUUACUAAGAUUUAAUAAAGAUUAUGAUACAUGACUUGUUAAGUCAUCAUUUUCAAAAAAAUUGUUUAAUUACCUUUUUAUUUGAACAUUUAGUGCUAAGUGUACUGAAUCCAAUGUCCAGUCCCUCAGUCAUUGACAGGAGGAGGAUUUUACAUUGCAUAAAUUCAUUUUAACAUUUGGUGUGGAGUAGAAUACACUAUUUUUGUAAAAUAGCAAUAAUUAGCCAAUCUAAGAACGUUUGAGUUAUCAAAAUUUAUGUGGUUUCCUGUUUAAAUAAAGUGAUUAUUUAUUUUA